AUGUUUCGUCGCGCUGUUGGGCCACAGGCCUCGCGAAUUUUGGCGAAGACAUCGAGUUCCGUCCGCUGCUUUACCAAUUAUGACCACAUGAAGUACCCUGUGGAUCGUCAGGCCUUUAUAUGUAUUCUUGGGUACUUUGUCGUUAUGUGGUUAAUUAUGGCACGCAAGGGCAGCAUGUUCACGAAGCGCUCUGAGUACAAGAAGGAGUACUUCCGCGUGUGGGCUCGUAAGCUCGGCACGGGCUACGAGUGGUCUGACGCAUGGGGACCACAGAUGGAUACGCUGUGGAAGAAUGUGCCAGACCGCGUGGAGUAG